AUGUCGCUUUGGCGCUACUACAACUCCCUCUCCCCCAAGACCCGCCUUAUGGUCGGCGGCGGCGCAAUGGCAUACGCCUGUAUCGGUCUCUUCCUCUCAGAUACCGCGGAGGAGAAACUCGGCUACACGCCUACGGAAGAAGACAAGCGAAAAUUGAGGGAAGCUAUGCCGAGGAUAAGAGUGGUGGAGGAGUGA